AUGAGUCUGAUGGAGAAUAUUUCAGAGGUGACAGAAUUUAUUUUUGUGGGGUUAACAGAUGCCAUUGAGCUUCAAGUGCCUCUAUUUAUAAUCUUUUCUCUCAUUUACCUCAUCACUCUGGUUGGAAACCUGGGGAUGAUCGUGUUGAUUCUUUUGGACCCCAGACUCCACACGCCCAUGUACUUUUUCCUCAGUAAUCUCUCCCUGGUGGACUGUGUUUAUGCCUCAGCUGUCACUCCCAAGGUAAUGGAAGGAUUUCUCAGAGGAGAUAAAAUCAUACCCUACAAUGGGUGCGCUGCCCAGAUGUUCUUCUUUGCAGCCUUUGCCAUUAUUGAAAUUUUCCUUCUGGUUUCAAUGGCCUUUGACCGGCAUGCAGCAGUGUGUAAACCCCUGCAUUAUACCACCACCAUGACAAGUACCAUAUGUGUCCUAAUUGUCACCUGCUGCUACAUGUUUGGACUCCUGCAGUCCUCCAUCCAUGUUGCCUUCACUUUCCACCUCUCCUUCUGUCAUUCCAAUGUAAUUGAUCACUUUUUUUGUGACAUUCUCCCUCUGUUGGCUCUCUCUUGUUCUGAUAUCUAUACAAACAAUAUUAUACUCUUUGCAUUUACAUCAUUUAAUGCUGUUUUCACUCUCUUGGUUAUCUGUAAUUCUUACCUGCUUAUUUUUACUACUAUUCUGAGGAUGCGUUCAGCUGAGGCAAAGAGGAAGGCCUUCUCCACCUGCACAUCCCACCUCACCACUGUAUCCAUCUUCUUUGGGACAAUCAUUUUCAUGUACUUACGGCCCAGAUCCAGUCACUCCAUGGACACUGACAAGAUAGCAUCUGUGUUCUACACCAUGGUCAUCCCCAUGCUGAACCCUCUGGUCUACAGUGUGAGAAACAAAGAAGUAAAAAAUGCAUUCAAGAAGGUUAUUGGGAAAGCAAAGUCAUCAUUAUUCUUGAACAGCUAA